UCUUGUGUGUCUCGCGUUUUCUGCGAGAGUCAAAAUGCAAGAAGGAAAAAAAGGUGAGCGAGAAAAGAGCAACACAAACUGCUCCACACAGCGGAGCCCCAAACCAAGACACGAGCCAUUCAGCAGCUCGGUGUGCAGUGCAGAAUAUCGCCGACAGCCGCAUUGAUCGGGUGUUGUUUGUGGUACGUUGCUCUCGCUUCUUACGAGUUUACGAAGUUUUGUUUUCCUCAAUUGAUCUUAUUAGGUGAUGUUUCAUUUUUCUUCUAUUUUUUAUUACCAGAAGCAGUACACUAAUUUGGAUGGUACUCGUCUCGGUUUGUUUUCGAUAAGUGGUCUUUUUAUUGGUUACGACGAGAGGAAAACUUUCAACAGUGGUGUUAUUUUGGCAAACGUACAUUGUACCAAGAAAAACAGUGAAAUUUUGCACAGUGCAAUUCAGUGGUGAAUCAAAAUAUAAACGCUGCUUGAUACAACAGUCGUUAGUGGUGAGAUCGGUGUUACGGAGCAGUUUUUUCUCCUUCGGCGAUUUUGGGAAGCUUACUGUGUUUGUAAAAGUGAAACAAAAACCAAUGAAUAAGUGAUAAACCUGGGAUAAGAGAAAAGUGUUGGCGAUCACCGACCGAAAAAGAAAAAUAUCAUAAAAUAAAGAAAGAUAAAUAUAUCGCCUUGGAGUGUGCUUUAUGAUCUGUAAGUGAAAAUCGCAGCCAAAAAGAAAACGUAGAAAAGUGCCAAAAAUUGGAAAGUUAAAUGCAUCUUUUGUGAAUGGGGUUUUAAAACCGUAAUCGCUUCAACACUUCGUCUAGAAGUCGGAAACAGCAUCGACGCGACGACGAUCCAAUUCUUCCCAAGCCGCAAAGCGAAAUUUGGUGUGGAUCAUAGCGCAUAAAACAGGUCGAUGAUGAAUCAUAUCUACACGGAAUCACCAAUUUGAAACAACUAACACCCCUCAUACGCACCCACUCAAAGAACCGAAAGCGAUCGCUCUCGCUCUAACCAUCACGAGUCAUAUCACAGCUCGCACGAGACCAAUCAGCGCCGGGGCUCUGUCUGAUCUGUAAAAGCGAAGGGUGAGUGGCACUAGAGGCGAACUAUUCCCCCCGGAUAUUCAGACCAGGACUAGAGAGCGUGCUCGUUGGAAACCCGACUGAGACCGUUUCAACGUUGAAAGGGGCGUCGGUAUUGCACAUACCACAGUGUGUGUUGAAUAACUACUGAUCACUUCUCGACAACUGCACAUCGUAGACCAACGACCCACGGAAAAGGACAUACCGUACCGCGUAUAGUACCGAAAGCCCUAGGUCCUUCUCGAUAAGUGUUCGUAUUGGUGAUCAUCUCGCACCCACUGAAUAUUGCCUAACCUGUUGAAUGCUGGCAGUCAGCGCUUGCUGAAGAAAAAGUGUGCACACGAGCGCCAUUACCUGGUUGUCGUACGGCUGCUCCAGAAGAGCAACAUCGGCUCGAUAAACCAUCCAUGCCUUUCAAUAUAGCGGACUUUCGUAGUUUCAAUAAAAUGGGCCAGGAGAAAUCACUGCCCUCCAGAUGUACUUCCGCACAUGACUACCGCCAUCACCACCACCACCACCAUCACCACCACACCUCUUUGGCCUCCUCGACGGGAUCGAAAUCUUCUGGUGCGCCCUCUCGCUCUCCUUCUACCGCUUCGACGACUUCCUCGGCAUCAUCAGCUUCUGCAGCCUCUUCUUACAAAAGCGUCGAACGCCAGACCAAAUAUCUCAACGAGCAUCUAUACAUAAAGUCCUACCUGGACAUAGAGGAAGAGGACCGAAACGCGAAAUUGCUGUUCCAAAAAGUGCGACCCGGCGGUAUACGCAACUACACGCCGAAAAUUCUUUCCGAAAACAACAAAAAAGAUCUUGAUGUGUGGAUAUAGCGGACCGGCAACCCUCACGUACGCUGACACUAUCACCUGAAUAGAAGCUACUCAUAGGAAUACUUAACUACUGUAUAAACGACUCUUUCUCUCUAUCGCCGGUCUUGUCAACUCUUCUACAAUCGCUCUAUCACUCUUCAAAAUUUUGGCAAACCAGCUUGGCUACACUAGUUCUCUCGUGCAAUGGCUCUUGGACUCGCUUCAGUAGCGGCAGUAGCUGGAGGACUCACGCACACCCCGAUAGCACUACUGACUCUCAUACCACUUAUAGCUGUAGGAGUCAAUUACUAUAGAUACCAAAGUGUAGAUCCGGAAUCGAAUCCCAUCGACCAACAAUCACUAAGACCUUACUAUGACUUCAUUGUCAUUGGCGCCGGAUCGGCUGGUGCCGUCAUGGCCUCGCGGCUCUCAGAGAUAGGAGAUUGGUCAGUGCUACUACUAGAAGCAGGUGGCGAUGAAACGGAGGUGACCGAUGUUCCAUCAUUAGCUGGUUACCUCCAGUUAACGGAAUUUGACUGGAAAUAUCAAACGGUGCCGCCGGGAGACCGGCGGUACUGUCAGGCUAUGAUAGGCGAUCGAUGUAAUUGGCCUAGAGGAAAAGUUAUGGGAGGAUCAAGUGUGCUUAACGCAAUGGUAUAUGUAAGAGGAAAUCGAAGGGAUUACGAUAGCUGGCUAGAGCAAGGAAACAUUGGAUGGGGAUACGAAAACGUCCUACCAUAUUUCAUCAAAUCGGAGGACAAUCGGAAUCCUUACAUGGCACGAUCGCCAUACCAUGGAGUAGGAGGUUAUCUAACAGUCCAGGAAGCCCCUUGGAGAACACCGUUAUCAAUAGCGUUCAUAAAAGCCGGUCUAGAAAUGGGCUAUGAGAACAGAGACAUCAAUGGAGAGGAACAGACCGGCUUCAUGCUGCUUCAAGCAACGAUGAGAAGAGGCAGUCGCUGCAGUACUUCUAAAGCAUUCCUACGACCGGUUCGGCUAAGGAAUAAUCUUCACGUUGCUAUGCAUGCUCAUGUGACGCGUAUACUGUUUGACAGAAAUAAUAGAGCAUAUGGAGUUGAAUUUUCCCGAAAUGGCAAAAAACAGUUAGUAUUCGCCAAGAAGGAAAUCAUUCUUUCGGCAGGGGCGUUGAACACUCCUCAAAUAUUGAUGCUGAGUGGUGUCGGACCAGCUGACCACUUGGCUGAGUUUGGAAUCCCAGUAUUGUCAGAUCUUCCAGUGGGUGACAACAUGCAAGACCAUGUGGGACUAGGUGGAUUGACCUUCCUCGUUGAUGAACCGGUCACCGUGAAGACAUCUCGCUUCACAACGUUGCCGGUUGCAUUUGAUUACAUAUUCAACGAAAGAGGUCCCAUGACAUUCCCAGGAAUUGAAGGAUUGGCUUUCGUCAACACCAAAUACGCAGAUCCUUCCGGUCAGUGGCCAGACAUACAAUUCCACUUUGGACCGAGUUCAGUGAACUCUGACGGUGGACAAAACAUUCGUAAGAUCCUUAAUCUUCGCGAUGGGUUCUACAAUACAGUUUACAAACCAAUACAAAAUGCCGAAACCUGGACAAUUUUGCCACUUCUAUUACGACCUAAAAGUACGGGUUGGGUACGAUUGAGAUCGCGGAAUCCAUUCGUGCCACCCGCCCUUGAACCCAACUAUUUCGACCAUCCGGAAGAUGUAGCGGUUCUCGUGGAAGGCAUCAAAAUUGCGAUCAAUGUAUCGUAUACUCAGGCAUUCCAACGGUUCGGAUCCCGUCCGCAUAAAAUUCCCUUGCCUGGCUGCCGACAUUUGCCAUUCAUGUCGGACGAAUACUGGGCGUGCUGCAUCAAGCAGUUCACUUUCACUAUUUACCAUCCUGCCGGAACGGCAAAGAUGGGACCAAGCUGGGAUCCCGGUGCUGUGGUCGAUGCCCGAUUACGGGUGUAUGGAGUUUCCGGAUUGAGAGUAGUAGAUGCUAGCAUAAUGCCAACGAUCGUCAGCGGCAACCCCAACGCUCCGGUCAUCAUGAUCGCCGAGAAGGCCGCCGACAUGAUCAAACAGGACUGGGGUCGUUGGUGACAGUGAGCAUCAUCUCCAAGAAAAUUCAUAUGUGCCUAACAUUUUUCGACUGUUGUGAAAAAUUGUGUACUUAACAAGAAGAUUUUCUGAAAAAUGUGAUAUUAUAGUGCAAGCGAGAAGCCACAUAAAAUAUCCGUCAUUGCAGCGGAACAUGCUGCAGCCAACCACGAAUCGAAACGAGAAGACGCCGAGAGAAUAUAGUUUAAUCAAUUCCUACUAGUCAGCACUUACGAAUAAACUUAAGAGAUCGGAAGUGUUACUGAAUGCAGAAUUUGAGAAAAUAGGAAAAUUUGUGUUACAAUUUUAGUUUGAUAAUGGUUUUUGUUUUAAAAAAUGCUGUUAUAGGACGAAGAAACGUGACGUAAACAAUUUAGAGUAGAAGUGACGAUUUAUUUUCUAUUUAUGACGGGAGUUGAUGACCUAUUGGGGUCCGGAUAAACUGCCGCCCGGAGGAUGUAAAAUAAAGUCAGAUGUAGACCAUUCUACAACUGGGAACCCUGGAAGUUCCAACGAAUAAGCGAAAUGUUACCAAUAAAAAAAAUAUGACAUGUUGA